AUGACAAUUGAGGAUGAACAAGAGGUACCAGUAGCUGCAUCAAAUUUUAUUCCACUUUCACUCGAAGAAAAGAGUAGAAUUUAUAAACCCUGGCAAUAUGCAGUAAUUGCUAAGGUUUAUGGUCGGAAGCUGGAACGUGAAAUACUUCGACAAAAAAUUUAUACUCUUUGGCAACCCACAGAAAACCUCCGUCUAAUCGAUUUGGGCUCCAAUUUUUUUCUUCUAAUGUUUCAAAAGGAAGAAAAUAAAAUUCGUGCUUUACAUAAUGGCCCUUGGUUCAUUUUGAAUCAUUUUCUCUCAGUUCGUCAAUGGGAACCAAAAUUUAUGGCAUCGGAGACGAAAAUAAAUUAUUUCACUAUAUGGUUACGUCUACCGGAAUUACCUACUGAAUUUUAUGAUUUUCAUAUUCUUCAGAAAGUGGGUAAUAAGAUUGGUAAAUUAUUAUCAGUGGAUAAUUGUACCUCUUUUAAAACAAGAGGUCGAUAUGCCAGACUGUGUGUUGAAAUACAGUUGGAUAAACCUUUAAGCUCACAUGUUUAUAUUGGAAAUCAGAAGCAAUACAUCCUCUAUGAAGGAUUGAAUUUGCUAUGCAUUAAAUGUGGUCGGAUGAGGCAUAACCAAUGA